AUGUGCCCUUGGGCAUCCAUAUAUUUAGGCCUCAUCCUUACUCUGAGCCUAGCACCCAUGGCAGCUGCCAAGAAAUGCUACCAUUGUGAUGUACAAGUGGCACGUCACUGCGUGGGUAUCCCUAUGACUUGUAGGGAAGAAGAAGAUUGCUAUGUUGGGCGUGGUACAGCUCAGGGUUUACCAGGAAUCAUAAUAAAAGGCUGUAUGCAGUCCAUCUCCUGCGGCUGGCCACAGUCUAUUACCCACCUGGAUGUAACCUAUAAUCUGACUACGUACUGCUGUCCAGGGGACAUGUGCAACAUCAUCCAACCCCUCCGGAUCACAAAGCCGCCAGACGCUACUACUGUUCUUGCUGUGGCUGCUGGACUUUUACUGGCACUUCUUCUCUGCUGGCUGCUGUGA